AUGUCCGAUGACGGAAGCAAGAUGGUUGUGGUCGUUCAAUUCGGCAACAUUUGGACCAGCAACGAUGGUGGCGCGAGCUGGACGGAAGACUCAUCCGUUGGCUCCACCCAGCAGUGGGUGGAUGUUGCCAUGUCCGCUGACGGAAGCAAGGUUGUUGCAGUCGUCAAGAACGGCGACAUAUGGACAAGCAGCGAUGGUGGCGCAAUCUUUGGUCAGUCGACUUGGACAUCCAGAGAGUGGCUGGCUGUUGGCAUGUCCGGUGAUGGAUCCCAGAUGGCGGCGGUCGCGUACGACAGGAUCUGGACCAGCCAAGAUGGUACCUGGGCUGAAGUACAUUGGUCGUUGACCAACACCUAUGACUGGCAGGAUGUUGCCGUGUCCGGCGAUGGAUCCAAGAUGAUCGCCGGCUCCGGCGAGAGUGGCGGAAUCUGGAUGGGUAUGGAAACGACCACGUCCACCGCCACCACAUCCACGGCCACGACGGGGACGACCACAGCCACCACCGCCACAGCCACAACCUCGGUCACGGCCACCAGCACAGCCACCACGGCCACGGCCACCACCGCCACGUCCACGCGCACAGCCACCACCGCCACGGCCACCACCACCACGGCCACCGCCACGGCCACGCUCAUGCACGCCAGCAGCAGCGCGGAAGGUCUUGAUGUCACGCUCCUUUUUGGGAUCCUGGCUGCAGCGGGCCUCCUUCUCGCCUUCUGA